AUGCUGAAGCAGAGCGAGAUGCGGCGGUCGUGGGGCCACCGGCCCUGGAGCAGCUCGGCAGGCGAGGGCGGCCAGCCCCGCGGCAGCGUGAGCUCGGCGGGGGCCCGCUCCGGCUCCCAGGCCAGCGUCCCCCCGUGGACCAACGGCGCCUAUAACUACUACAUCGAGGACGAUGAGGACGGCGGGGAGGAGGACGAGCUGACGGACGAGCCGGGCGAGGACGACGACCCGCAGCCCGACGGCCGCGCCGACCCUCCCUCCGUGCUGUCCACGCUGAACGUGAACGUGGGCGGCCAGAGCUACCGGCUGGACUGCGGCGAGCUGGCCUGCUACCCCAAGACGCGCCUGGGCCGCCUGGCCACGUCCACCAGCCGCAGCCGCCAGCUCGGCCUGUGCGACGACUACGAGGAGCGGACGGACGAGUACUUCUUCGACCGCGACCCCGCCGUCUUCCAGCUCAUCUACAACUUCUACGCGUCGGGCGUGCUGCUGGUGCGCGACGAGGCGUGCCCGCGCUGCUUCCUGGAGGAGCUGGGCUACUGGGGUGUGCGGCUCAAGUACACGCCGCGCUGCUGCCGCAUCUGCUUCGAGGAGCGGCGCGACGAGCUGGGCGACCAGCUCAAGGUGCAGCGCGAGCUGCGCGCGCAGGCGCAGGCCGAGGAGGCCGACGAGCUCUUCCGCGACGUGCGCUUCUGCGGGCCGCUGCGCCGGCGCCUCUGGAACCUUCUGGAGAAGCCCUUCUCGUCCGUGGCUGCCAAGAUGAUCGGCGUGGCCUCCAGCCUCUUCGUGCUCGUGUCCGUCGUGGCGCUGGCGCUCAACACGGUGGAGGAGAUGCAGCAGCUGGUGGGGUGGGGUGUGGGCGGCGGCGACCCGCAGCCCCUCCUGGAACACGUGGAGACGCUGUGCAUCGCCUUCUUCACGCUCGAGUUCCUGCUGCGCCUUGCCUCGACGCCCGACCUGCGGCGCUUCGUGCGCAGCGCGCUCAACCUGGUGGACCUGGUGGCCAUCCUGCCGCUCUACCUGCAGCUGCUGCUGGAGAGCGUCACGGGCGAGGACCAGCUGCACAGCAAGGGCUCGCCGCACGAGCACGACCUGGAGACGGUGGGCCGCGUGGGCAAGGUGGGCCAGGUGCUGCGCAUCAUGCGCCUCCUGCGCGUCCUGCGCAUCCUCAAGCUGGCCCGCCACUCCACCGGCCUGCGAGCCUUCGGCUUCACGCUGCGCCAGUGCUACCAGCAGGUGGGCUGCCUCAUGCUUUUCAUCACCAUGGGCAUCUUCACCUUCUCGGCGGCCGUCUACUCCGUGGAGCAUGACGUGCCCAACACCAACUUCACCAGCAUCCCGCACGCCUGGUGGUGGGCCGCGGUGAGCAUCUCCACUGUGGGCUAUGGAGACAUGUACCCAGAGACCAUCCUGGGCAGGUUUUUUGCCUUCCUCUGCAUUGCUUUUGGGAUUAUCCUCAAUGGGAUGCCAAUUUCCAUUCUCUUCAACAAAUUCUCUGACUACUACAGUAAGCUCAAAGCCUAUGAGUACACUGCCAUGCGAAGGGAAAGGGGAAAUGUGGAGUUUCUGCCGAGAGCCAAAAAGAAGAUGGCGGAGUGGUUGGCUGCAGGCCACCCACAGCCCACCCCAAGCCAAGAGAGUUGACGUUUCUCCUAGAAUG